AUGGCGCCCCGCUUCGUGUUCCCCGUGCCGAUCAUCCGCGGAUGGACCAGCGGGAGCGACCCCAAGCGCGGCGGCGGCGGGGGGGGGGCGAGCUUCAACGGGAAGAAGGCGUCGUUGCGACCGAAAUUCGUCGCGACGUACGAGUACCUCCUGCGCGGGACGGAGACGGAGGGGUCCCCCGCGCCGCGACGCGCCGAGCCGCGGUUCUGGGACGACCUCUUCCUUCUCGACGUGAACCACCAGUUCCUCGCGGACGCGCUGCGGAAGCUCUCGGAGCGAGAGCUGUUGGAGCGCGCUCCCGCGGUGACCGAGAUCUGCGCGCGGUGCCUCGACUUCGCGCGCCUCGAACCGCCGUCGUCGUCGUCGUCGUCCGGAUCGAAUACGAACGAGACGAUCGUCCGAUCCGGCCCGGACUUGCUCCGGAGCUCGCGCGCGCUCGAGACGCUCGUCGUGAUCCUCACCGUCGUGUCCAGGCGGAAGUUCGCGGAGCGGGGGCUCGGCGUCAUCGACGUCUGCGCCGGCGGCGAGAAGGGCGCGGACGCCUUCUUCGCGAGGCUCAUCGCCGGGUGCGCGUCGCUCGCCGCGAAUCAUCUUCAGCCCUGCGCGCUUCGACGGCUCGCCCUGCGCGCGCUGCUCGCGGUGUGCACCGCGAAGGAUAACGUCAGCGGGAACGCGCUGUGCGGGUACUUCAUGGUGAACGACGCGUACGAGCCGCUUAUGAAGAUUCUCAUCGCGAGCGUGGACGUCCCGGGCGGAGGGUCGGACAGCGCGAGGACGCCGGCGGCGACGGCGCUGAGAAACGGCGCGAGCGGGUUCGGGAAGGAUUCCCUGGGGGAGACGACGAGCAUCGACGUGAUGCUCGGCGGUGACGGCGGUGACGGCGGCGUUACGAAUACCGCCGCGGAUACCGCCGCGAAAGAGAAGGAGGCGACGGGGGCGGCGUCGUUGGGGACGACGCGCGAGCGCGAACGCCUGCGCGAGGAAGCGGCGUACCUCUUCGCCGCGCUCCUGAGCUGGCGCGAGAGCGCGAACGCGUACGCCAAGGCGCUCGAGCGCGCGGACGGCGUCGAGCUAUCGGUGAUCCUUCGCGUCGCGUGCGCGCUGCUCGCGUCGCCGCCGACCGCCGCCGCCGCCGACGCCUCAGAUCCGAACCAGACGACGGUCGCCUCGACGCUCGCCGGCGCGGGCGCGUCCAUAGGAAGCGUCGUCGAGAACGUCUCGUCCGCGGUCUUCGGCGCCGCGGCGCCUCCCGCGCCGGACGAUCCCAUCGAUUCGCUCAUGACCUGGCUCGGGUACGACCCGUCGAGCGACGACGACGCCGCGGCGGCGGCGGGCGGCGACGCGCGGCGAUGGGAAAUUUCCCCGCCGCCGUGCGCGGGUCUGCUUCUUCUGCACGGUCUCGUAUCGCACAGCGGCUUGCUUCACCUCCCGAGCGCGUGGCUGCGGAUCACGCCCAAGCCGAACGAGAUGCUGCACGGCGUGCCCAUCUCGCAGCGGUGGCACGAAGCGCUCGGGAGGGUGCUGUGUUACUCGCGUCGGCUGUGCGCGUUUUCGCCCCCUCCGGCGGGGACCGUCGCGCCGCCGCCGCCGCCCGCGACCGUCGCCGCGGCGUCGAGCGACGACGCGACCGCGACAUCGUCGUCGUCGUGGUUCAACUGGAUCACGGACUACGGCGGCGCCGCGGGCGGGGACGGAAAAGGCUUCGCCGCGAAGGCGAAACGCGUCCAAAACCAGAGCCUCGCGUCUCACGCGGCGAGCCCGCGGAAGACGUGGGUCGGCGCCGGGUCCACGAAAGGCGGCGGCGCGUGGGUCGUGCAGGACGACGACGCGACCGACGCGCGCCUGGAGUUCGCGUCCGCGCAGGCGAACCUGUCGUUGUCGCUGUUGAGGACGUUGAUGGACGAUCAGUCGGCGGCGGAGUUUCUUCACGGGACGGACAUCUCUCGGCUCGCCGUGGACGCCGCUUCGUCUUCUUCCGGCGCCGCGUCGUCUUCGACCGCGACCGCGUCGCGGCCGAUCGCGGCGGCGAUCUUAGAGCUCCUGUCCGGGGUGUUAUACCGCGGCGCGCCCGGGAAACGAAACGCCGUCGCGACCGUCGCCGUCGAGUCGCACGCGGUGUACGUGAUUCACCGGGUGUUACAAACGCAAAUCGCGAAAGGCGGGCGGGGCUUACCGUUCCGCUGGAGCCUUCUGUGGGACGGUCUCCUCGCGGUGCUCCGCAGGUGCGCGAAGGACGUCUCCGGCGCCGCCGGGGACGCGCUCGGGUCGCCCGGCGUCUGCGUCCUCGUCUCUCAGACCAUGAACGCGAUCUCGUUCAUCCUCGUGAAUCGCGGCGCGUUGCUGUCGCGGGCGGAGGACAUCGCGCCGCUGAUUCUCGCGUUCGUGCUCGAGGAGCAGGAGACGUUUGCGCCGAUCGCGCACGGCGCGGCGAUGCACGGGUACCUGGUGCAGCAGAGCGGCGGCGGCGGCGGCGGCGGCGGCGGCGGGAGAGGAAGCGCGGCGGAGCGCUCGCGCGGCGCCGCGGGCGUGCGCAUGGAGAACGUGCACCACGCGCAGCAGCACUUCCGGACCGCGCCGAGGGAUAAGGACGCCCUGCGCGUCGCGAUCGAGCGAGGGUUGGCGCUUCUGACGUUCCCGGUGAAGGAUCGGUUGGACGCGGGGUGGGGGCUGCGCGCGGCGCCGAGCGCCGGAGGCGGGGUUGCGGGUGGGGACGGUACCGGUUUCGGCGCGGCGGGCUCGAGCGCGAGCGCGGAGAGGGUCGUCGCGAACAGCACGCGGUGCCUCGUCGUGGAGCUCUCCCGAGGGGUCGUGUCGAGCGUCCCGGAGGGGCUGAAGCCGGCCAUACCCGAGCACUGAGGACGUAGUUUAGUCACGAGGUGGGCGACGUUGGGUCCAUAAAAAAUAAAAACACGCCGC